UUCUGUUGGGGUUUUGUGCUGUUUGUACCUCCGCGGACACCGUACGCCUUUGUUGACAGUAAUCAUGGCGUCCUCAAUGUCACUUGUCGGCCUGCGACGUUUAUCUAUGAUGAAUGCAGCCUCCAAAUUGUUUCUGAAUCCUCUCAGGUCUACAAGCACAUCAACAUCGAGGCUGGCAGAGAAACAAGACACGCAACUUAUUACAGUUUAUGACAAACUGGACAUCACCCCUCUAACUGGGGUGCCAGAGGAGCACACUAAAACGCGUAAGGUUCACAUCUUUGUUCCUGCCAAGAACUCCAUGCAGUCAGGAAUCAACAGCACCAAGAAGUGGAAGAUGGACUUUGACACCAGGGAGCGUUGGGAGAACCCGCUGAUGGGCUGGGCCUCGACGGCUGAUCCCUUAUCCAACAUGGUCCUCUCAUUCUCAUCUAAGGAAGACGCCAUUGCUUUUGCUGAGAAAAAUGGUUGGAGCUACGAGAUAACAGAGAGACGGAGCUCAAAGCCCCGAGUGAAGUCCUACGGCGCAAACUUCUCCUGGGACAAGAGGACCCGGAGGUCCGCUAAGUAAACUGAAGACGCACAUCUGCUGGUUGGCUGGACUUUAGUUUGUUGAGCAAACCCGUGUAAUUAACUGAACUCCUCAAUAAAUGCAUCACCAUAUACAUGUGUAAGCCAAA